AUGUGUUUGGGAAGGGAUGAGAUCGAUCGUGGUGACAUACAAAAGGGAAGUGCUGAGACGUUCUUCCACAAGGUAUUUCUGUUAAAUGUGGAUUGUGUAAACUACUUCCAUGUCAAGAGCAUUGCCCGUGUCAUCAAGGAUUAUCUAGCAUUCUUAAUGAAGAUUCUCUGCGGAAGAAUUUUGUGCUCGUUUAUGAGUUGCUUGAUGAAGUCAUCUAAGGUUCUUGAUCUGCGUUUCAGUAACAUUUUUUUCUACAAAGACAAGCAGUAA